UCUUUAGAGCUGGGAUUAGCCUGACAAGAUCUCAGUCAGAGUGAGGGAGUCACAGUGCCUCUGUGUUCCCUAACAGUGAAGCCCAGACUACUGGGUGCCUGCCAGCUUGUAUCAUUCCCACUGUCCACUGAUGGUGUGGGGAUGCAGCUCAUUUGUUCUCUUUACUCAAUAAUGUGUACCACUGGCAAACUAAAUGCAAGUUCAUUUGUGUAGAAAAUCUUGAAAUUUGAGUCCUUUGAGUGUUGUUAAGCAGGACAAGCAGGUUUAUAGUUGCUUUACCUUAAGCAGACUUGGAAGUGUGUAGUUUCAGUCUCUGCUUCCUAUGCGUUCUUUUGCAGCGAUGAGCUUGUCUGGCCGAUUUUCAGACCCUGUUUUUGGGAAAUCCUCGCUGCAGCAAAGAAGGGAGACUUAUUUGAUUCAGAGCAAGGUGUGUCAGACAGCUGUUUUGUGUUGUGGCUCUUGAAACUGAAGCGUGGACUGACUUCUAAACACCUGACCUGGAGAUUGAGGGAACUUUGAGUGAAUCUGGGCUCAUCUCCACAAGAACAAGAAUUUUCAGUAGCUGUGAGGCUUCAGCAUCUCCACCAUGUCCUCUUCUGCUGUCCCUUAUAAGAAUCAGCACUAUGCCGACCUGAAGAAGCUCUGCAUCCAGACCAAGACGUUGUUUGAAGAUCCUGAGUUCCCAGCUGACAAUUCAUCACUGUUUUACAGCAAACCACCUCCUGGAGUUGUGCAUUGGAAACGACCCGGGGAAAUAUGCAAAGCCCCGCACCUGUUCGUAGAGGGCAUCAGCUCCCACGACUUGAACCAGGGGGUUGUAGGGAACUGCUGGUUUGUUGCUGCCUGCUCCUGCCUGGCUUUAAAAUCACACCUCUGGAAGAGGGUAAUUCCUGACUGGAAGGAGCAGGAGUGGGAUUCAAACCACCAGGGGAACUAUGCUGGGAUCUUCCACUUCCAGUUCUGGAUCUUCGGUGAGUGGAUAGACGUGGUGGUAGACGACCGGCUGCCGACAAUCAACGGAAAACUCAUCUACUGUCACUCAAAACAGAAAAAUGAGUUCUGGAGUGCUUUGCUGGAGAAGGCUUACGCCAAGCUCGCUGGCUGCUAUCAGUCCCUGGAGGGGGGCAACACCGGAGAUGCUGUGGUGGACUUCAGUGGAGCUGUGUCGGAAGCCAUCGACCUGAAGAACGAGAAGUUCAACAAAGAUCAAAACAAACAAAAAACGUUUUUUGCUGAACUUCUCAAGGUGUGGGGUUGUGGAGGAAUCAUCAGCUGCUCCAUCAGGGCAGGGCAACAGGAAAUUGAACUGCAGAUGGACAAUGGGCUUGUGAAAGGCCAUGCAUACUCGGUAACUGCAGUCAAGGAAGUGCGUUUGGAGCCAAGGCAGGGCUACAUUGGGAAUGAAGCCAUUCCUCUUGUCCGCAUGAGAAACCCCUGGGGCAAAACUGAGUGGAAAGGGGCAUGGAGUGACAGUUCUGAAGAAUGGUCAAAAGUCAACGACACAGAAAGAAAACAGCUUGGCAUCACCGUAGAGGACGAUGGAGAGUUUUGGAUGUCAUUCAAAGACUGGUGCAGGUUAUUCACUGAUGCAGAUGUUUGCCGUCUCAUCAACACCUCAAUGCACUUUGGGAGCUGGACCGUAAACGAAAACCCUCUGCUGAACCGCUGCGGCGGCUGUGUUAACCACAAGCAGACAUUUCUGCAGAACCCACAGUACUUGUUCGAUGUUACCAAGGAAUCUGAUGAGGUCCUGAUCUCCUUGCAGCAGCAAGACAGGAAGAUCCACCGAAAAAAUGGUCAAGGAGAAAAUCUAACCAUCGGCUUCAGCAUCUUAAGGGUGGAGCUGAACAGGAAGUAUCGUCUGCACGACAUCCUGACGCAAGAGUGUCUGCAUACCUCCACCUACAUCAAUGCUCGGACAAUGUUCAUGAGAUGCAUGUUGCCACAGGGCCGAUACGUCAUCAUCCCCACCACCUUCACACCUUCCAUACAGGGGGAUUACAUGCUGCGACUUUUCACAGACGUGGACUCCGGUUGCAGGGAGCUAGCGAAGGACAAGCCAGAUGUUAAAUGCUGGACUCCGAUCUUUGGAUACCCUCAGGCUAUUUCCCACAUCUACGUGAAAGGAGCUGAGAUCCAUCAGCAUUCAGACCAGGUGGAUGGCAUAGAGCUGUAUGUGACCAUAUCCUGCGAGGGCCAAUCAGUGAGCUCUACCAUCAAGAAGAACACUUUGAACCCGGAUUUUGAAAUUAGUGCAGUUUUCUACAGGAAGAAGGUCUCAAAGCCUAUAAAGGUGCAGGUGUGGAGCACUAAUCUUGAGGAGGACAACUUCUUGGGGCAAGUAGUGCUGCCUGGGUUGGCCGAUGACAUCUCCCUCCCUCAGAAGCUCCAGCUGAAGAAGAACGGCCUUAAUAUGGCAGGCAAUAUGGUUGGCAACAUCUCUCUGAGGAUCGUCACAGCAAACCAGCUGACGGCCAUUUAAUGAAACCGUGCCUUUGUCAGGCUUUGUAACUUCCAGCACCCUCCAUUUUUUUAUUUACAAAUCUAAAUUUUAUGGAAGUUAAGAGAAGAGCAAGAUGCUACUCACCAGAUUCAUUGUUGACCUCUAUUUUAAACAUGCCUUUGUUUCAAUUAUAUUUAUAUACCUGUGCUUUUUUAAUGAAACCAUACUGUGAGUAACACUAAAGCAACACUACAUAUAGUGUAUAUGGCAUUGAGAAGAAAAGCACACAAUAUGAACAAAUACAUGCACUAUCUUCUUCUUUCUGUUUUUUCCAAAAAUCAUAAUCAUGCUUCAUGAUGUCAUCAACAAUAUUAUAUUAAUAAAAGGCAGGUAUGACAAAUUAAAAUAAAUUUCUGCUCCAAA